GACACACACUCGCGCAGAAAUCAAUUAAAACGCAAAGAUAAGUUGCAGUUUAUUUGUGAACCAAAACAUGUUGAAAUUAACUCACAAAUUGCGCAAAAAAUGCCGCAGCAAAAAAGUCGCAGCAAUCGCAGUCGCAGCACCAGCAGCAGCGGUGGUGGUGAAAAAAUUGUGAAACGGCCAACGAAAGUAGUGGAAAAGCAACGAACGGAUAAAGGAGAGAGAACAGGGGAAUAGAAAGGAUGCAAUGACCACCGAAACGGCAAUUUGUCUCUAACGGUAACAAAUACAACGUAGCCAGCAGCCUCGCAAUCUUGCAUUUUUGCAUCAUCGCAUAUUCUCACUGCCCCGGAAGCAGCAGCAGCAUCAGCGGAAAUUAAAACAAAUCGAAGCCGAAAUAAAAGAGCGAACGAGCAAAGGAGUACCGAGGAAAGGAGCAAGUGCAGGGCAUCACAGGCAGCGAGAGGCAGCGAGAGAGAGAGAGAAAGAAAGGAAGAGAGUAAAGUGCAUCCUUAGCUUUACAACACGGCACACAUUUACGACCGGUGACUGCAACUGGAAUCCUUCUUCUCCUCCUCCUCCUCCUCCCUUUGCUCUUCCUCCUUCGUCGUCAUCCUGGUCCAUCAUCGCCGCAUCCCUCCCCUCCUCGGCCAUGUUGUUGUCAUUUGCAAUUUGUGAUCUCAUGUUCUCAUAACUUGGGCAGCAGACGUUGGCACGGAUUAGAUGAAAGACGUCAAGUUCCCGAAACUGCAGGAACUACUCACACACAACGAGCAACGAAUAAAUCGAACUUGCAUUUUUAUAUCGCAUUUUUGUAUGGAACCAAAUACGGAACGUGUUCAGCAUUGACCAAAUGCCAUCGCAGCAACCAACUCGAGCCAUACGAGUCCCAGAAAACAGACGGCAAUUAAUAGAAGUUGCCUUUUGAACGACGAACCCCACCCAAAGGCGAGAGGAACGUGAGGAAAGGACGCAGGAUAUUCCCCAAUCGGAUCCCCACUAAUAAAUGCAGUGGAAGAAGAAGUUUACUCGAUUGAAAGCAGCUACUGGAAAUUCGCGUGUGCGAAGAAUGCUUUGUUGUGGACGUAGAAAGGAGAAUGGAAGAUCAGUUCCUGAUGUCACUGCUAGCCCGGGACGCGCUCCGCCCGGCCCGCUGCCCGCCAAUCAGCUGUCCUCGUUGGGCAACCAGCAGCAGCAGCAAAUGCACCACCAGGGCAACCAGCAGCAGCACCACCAUCAUCAGGGUAACCAGCAGCACCAUGGCAACCAGCAGCAGCACCACGGCAACCACCGUGGCCAGAGCGGCGGCUCCAUGUCGAACUCUGGCGGCGGGGGAGUCAAGGAUCCGGUGAUGCUGCAGGGUGACUUCCGCAAGGUCAGCGGCAUCAGUUCCGAGAUCUUCCGCCAGAUAGAGGCCGUUGAGAAUGAUCACGAUCCGAAUACGGCGGCAGCCUUGGAGGCGGUGGAGCGACGUGGCGAGAUGAUAGUCCGCAUCCUGGAGCCCCGUUGCAUGGGCAGCAAGCAGGCCGUAGAUGCUGCCCACAAGCUGAUGAACAAGGCGGAUGGAAGGCACACGGUGCAGCUGGUGGAGAUUGUCAAGCGACCGGGACAGACACUGGGUCUGUACAUACGCGAAGGCAACGGGGCAGAUCGCACCGAUGGUGUGUUCAUCUCAAGGAUUGCCCUGGAAUCGGCGGUGUACAACAGCGGCUGUUUAAGGGUGGGCGAUGAAAUCCUGGCCGUUAACUUGGUCGAUGUGACCCACAUGUCACUGGACGAUGUCGUUAUCAUCAUGUCAAUUCCGCGCCGCCUGGUGCUGGCGAUACGUCAGCGACGUGGCAAUCGCGGCACGGGUUCACCAGGACCACCGACGUUGUCGCGUCCGGAGCAGAAGCCGCCGCCGGUGGUGGUAAUCAAGCGGGAUCUGCGGGACGAGGAUCUGGACGAGACGGACCGGAUGCCGAGGCCGCGCUCAUCACGUGAAAGACGUACAGGUAGAGAUGGCCGCGAAAUGACAGAGUCCCGAUCACGCCUGGGCCUGGGCCUCAACAACUACAGUCCGCAGUCGGAGCAGCUGGACAUGUACUACAAUACCCGCGGUGGUGGCGGCGGCGGCGGCGGAGGAGGAGGUGCCAUGGGUGAGCCACCGAACUGGGGCUACAAGCCACCACCUCCGCCAUCUUCGGUGAUCACGGAACAGCCGACAAAGGGACAUGCAUUUGCUCCCUCGCAUGCUUACUACCAGAAUGCCGGCACCCUAGAGAGUCUGGCCGAGAAGGUGCAUGCCUUCUACCCGGGACAACCGGGAGGUCCGCCCGUGGUGGGUCCUUCGAGAAGGAUGUCCACUGGCACCGGCAAUGUGGGUCUCGCCCAGCAGCAUGCUCGAUUCCCACGUUCCGGCUCGGAUCAGCAUUUACCUCGCGUGGAAUAUGCCGACUACUCCAACUCCCUGGGGCGGCACUCGCUACUCCGUUCGAGCUUGAAGCCUGGCACAGCUGGAGGAGCACCGAUGCCCGUGGGAGUGGGCGGCACCUUGGGACGCUACGGACGCUACGAUCAACAACGCGGCGGUGUGUCCAAGUACGGACCACCAGCUGGCGGAGCUCAGUCGCUGACACGUCGCUCUAGGCCCAACCUGGACUACUCCAGCGAUACGGAGGCAACCAUUGGACCGCGGCCAAGUUACUAUUAUUACAAUCGUCCCGCCAUUGGCAGCAUGCCGCGUGGAGCAGGACCCGGACCGGGCUCUGCUGCAGCAGCCGCUGCCAUGCUGGCCGGAACAGCGGAUCUCAAUAAGUUCAACUCGCUGCCCAGAGAGCGUCCCGGCGUGAGAUUGGGAGGCAUUCGCUCGCGGAUGGGUGAUCGCUUGGUGGACGAGAACGAUGGCAAUACCUCGGCGCCCGAGUUUGAUGUGCGGCGAGGCAGGGAUCUGCGUCAAAGGAUCACCGCAAGUCCUUCGAUAUUCACGGCGGACGAGUACCGCGCCUGGCUAAGAAGGGCGCCCAGCAGCUCGGCAAUUGCGGAACAGAUGCGGAUGACCCGCGACAUGUUUGCCCAGCCCCGGGCACAGCGGUUCUCCUGCAGCGCUGAGAAUAUCCACGAUGCAUUGAGAAAUACGGAGAGCAUCUACUCGAGCAGAACCCACAUCCUUGGCACCGGCACUUUGGACCGCAAUAUGGGCCUGACCCGCCCGAUUUCCGCUUUGCCGGUGCGCUCCAUGUCCUCGCAGCAUAUCGGCGGAGCGGGUUCCAUUCGCUCGCCGAGCAUACGUCGAAUGCGGCAACUGCUGGAGCUCUCCGCCGGCCCAGCCAGUCCCAGUGGCAGCAUCAUGAGCACCGGUGGCCACCAGAGUCCAGCACCCACGCCAAGUGCCACACUGCCGCGUCAGCACCGUCAGAUCGACAUCAAUCCGGCGGAGUUUGCCAAGUACAAGCUGGACAAGCCAAUUGUGGAUAUUGGUGGUGUAUCGGGCAUGCUGUGGAUCCAUCUGCUGGCAGGUCGCAGCCUAAGAACAGCACCCGAGGGUGCAAGCGGAGGAGCAGCACAGCCCGGACAGACCAGGGAUCUGUACUGCGUCAUCGAAUGUGAUCGCGUACACAAGGCAAGGACGGUGGUGCGUUCCGGUGAUCUGCAGUUCGAUUGGGACGAGUCCUUUGAACUAGAUCUGGUGGGCAAUAAACAGUUGGAUGUCCUGGUCUAUUCCUGGGAUCCCCAACACCGACACAAGCUGUGCUAUCGCGGGGCCAUCUCGCUGUCCGCCAUCCUGCGCCAGUCACCGCUCCACCAACUGGCCCUGAAGGUGGAGCCCAGAGGUACGAUAUACAUCAGGAUGCGGCACACCGACCCAUUGGCGUUAUACAAACGUCGCGGACUGCCUAGCCUGAGGGCUGGUUACCCCACACUCUUUGGCGCCGAUCUGGAGACGGUAGUCAACCGGGAGUCGAAGGGUGCGCCUGGAUGUGCACCAGUUCCCAUUGUCCUCAGGCGCUGCGUGGAGGAGGUGGAACGCCGGGGGCUCGAUAUAAUCGGGCUAUACCGACUGUGCGGCUCCGCCACCAAGAAGCGGCUGCUGCGCGAGGCCUUCGAGCGUAAUAGCCGUGCCGUGGAAUUGAGCCCGGAACAUGUUCCUGACAUCAACGUCAUCACCGGCGUGCUCAAGGACUACCUCAGGGAGCUGCCGGAGCCGCUGUUUACGCGCUGCCUCUUCCAGAUGACGGUGGAUGCUUUGGCUGUCUGCCUGCCAGAUGACCCGGAGGGCAAUGCGAAAUUGAUGCUUAGCAUUCUCGACUGCCUGCCGCGGGCGAACAGGGCCACUUUGGUAUUCCUGCUCGACCACUUGUCGCUGGUCGUUUCCAAUUCGGAGCGGAACAAGAUGUCCGCCCAGGCGCUGGCCACAGUGAUGGGUCCACCGCUGAUGCUGCAUUCGGCGAGUGCGCAGCCGGGGGCUGACAUCGAUCAUGCCCAACCGAUCGCGGUGCUCAAGUAUCUGCUGCAGAUCUGGCCGCAGCCGCAGGCGCAGCAUCAGCAGAUGGCGCAGCACAUGGGUGGCGCCGCUGGAGCGAUGAUGGUGGGCGGUCUAGCCACCGCCGGUAGCAUGAGCAAUAUGGCCGGUGUUGCUUCAGGUCGGCGCGGCGAGUCAACAGGGCAGCGUGGAAGCAAAGUCAGUGCGUUGCCAGCGGACAGACAGGCACUUCUACUGCAGCAGCAGGCGCAGCUCAUGGCGGCGGGCAACCUACUCCGCUCGUCCACUUCGGUAACCAACAUACUCUCCCAAGGCCAUCCUCAGCUCUCAGCCACAGCCAACAGUCAUCUGUAUCAAUCAGUAGUGGGUCAGUUAGCUCAAUCGCAUCGAGCCUUGCAACAAGCGGUGCAACAGCCCUAUCAAUUGGGGGCCUCAGUGGGCUCAGCAAUUCCCGACCAAUCGCCACUGCCACUUCCAGGCACACCCUCCCCCGGCAGUAGUUCGGCAUCGACGGGCUCCGGCUCGGGCUCCGGAUCCGGAUCGGGUAAAAGCACGGAUACCAUCAAGCGCGGUGCCUCACCCGUUUCCGUGAAGCAAGUCAAGAUCAUCGACCAGCCCUCCAGUCCCUAUUCCAUUGUGCAAAAGAAACCGCCGCUGCAGAAGGAUGCGCCCAUUGAGAUCACCACACCCACUACCCAAGCGGAUGCACCUGCAUCGGGGAGCAGCAUCCGGGACAGAGAUAGCAGCAACGGCGUAACAACGGCACGCAAAUCCAAUGUGGACUUCUACGAACCGCACAAAUCGCUGUCCAAGAGCUUGGUUAACGAGGAAUCCAGCUACAGCUCCAAGUACUCCUCCAGCCUGGAUGCGGCCAAGAAGAGCAGCAGCUACGGCAAUGGAAAUGGCUACACGCCCAGCAAAUCCAACGCCGGGAGCAGCCUAUCCACCGGCGAUGACUACAAGGCCAUGAGAAACAAGUCGAGCGCCACCUCAAGUUCCAGUUCGUCGCAGGCCACAGUGCUGAGCGCUGGUUCGACGGCCACCUCGGCUCCGACCACCUCCUCCGAUGACUCGGACGAUCUGGUCUCCUACAAGUCGUCGGCCUCAACGAACGCUCUGUUGGCCCAAUCGCAGGCCAUGACCACCAGCCAGCUGAUGUCCAAGUAUCUGAAGCGAGAGCCACGAGUGCAGUUUACGCCGAUCAAGUCGCCGGAUUCACCAUCGCCGCCAGGAGGUAGUGACGGACUACCCAAGGGUACCUACCAACUGGUGGCGCCCAGUACUUCAUCGAGUGCUUCGACCAAGCCAGGAGCCACAACUGGAGCGAUUAGCAAGUACACCACCAGCUCGGCGGAUUCAAAUGUGAGUACGAAUAGCCAGAAACAGGCAUCGCCAUCGCGAGUAACCACCAGCAAGGUGGCCAGCAGCACUGCCUCGUCCUCGCUGGUAUCCACAGGCCGGCGACUGUUCGACAGUCUGGCCUCGUCCUCGUCCUCGGAAACGGAGACCAAGACCUACAUUGGGGCUAGUAGUAGCAGCACAACCUACAACAACGACACCAGGCACUCGGGCAGCAGUAGCAGUAAGUCGGGAAUGGGCGGGGCUUCGGGAACGGGAUCGGGAUCGGGAGCAGGUUCCGAGCACCGGAGCUAUGGCAGCACGCUCUUCGGCAGCAGCGGCCUGGGCAACGGCAAUGGGAGCCACAAUCAUUCGGGAACCAAUCCCAGUCCCUUUACCACCACCAACGGCAAUGGGAAUCACAAUACCAUGCAUUUGUAUGGAACCCUGCCCAAGAACGGCACCACCUCGACGGGGGCAGCCCUGUUUGGCAGCUCCUCGGCGAGCAGCUCCUCCUAUCACUCCAGCUCCGGGGCGGGCACUGCCAGCAGCAGUGGGGUAAGCUCCAUGACGGGCUCCACGAAUAGCUAUGACUUCUAUACGAGCACCAGCAGCUCCUCGAGCAGCUCGCGUCCCUUUGCAAACGGGGGCAACAACUACCACACUCUGGGCACCUAUCGGGCCCAAUAUGCGGCCACGAAUCCCUUCCUCGAUGCCUUCGACGAGAAGCCAUCGGAGAAGAAUGGCAGCGGUAGUAGUAGUAGUCACCAGGAUAAGUUGGGAGCUGACAAGGGGAAUCACCACAGGGCCACGGUGAUGGCGGCAUUCCAGUCCUCGGGUGACUCGAAGAACGGUAGCGAUGAAUACGAUGAUCUCAAGUGAGGAAACACCAUUCGAUGUGGUUAAAAAAAGGGAAAUAUGAACUAAAGCUGGGCUUAUGCGCAUUUUAGUUCAGUUUAAAUGCUAAUUUCAAAGUAGGAUUUAGUCUUUAUACCAUUGAGUUAUAUUUAGGGAGCAGUUCUUUAGGUUUUUGUUUCUCCUUGAGCUUGAUUUUGUAAAUAGUUAUUUAGGAAUUUGAUUUACUCAAGCGCAUAAGUGUAGUCAGCAAAACGAAUGAAAAAGUACGAAAAUAUGAAUGCCAUACAAUGCUGAACGCCGUGUUCUUUUGAAGUAUUUACAGUUUACAAAUUUACAAGAUACAAGAUACAAAAAUGAUACAAACAAAGAUACGAAAAAGAAGCAAAUAAACGAAUAUUAAACCAUAAACAAUAAAUGCGAGCGAAAGGCAUAUGAAUCCACAACCCAAAACCCAAGCGGAAUACGAUUAAAUCUGUGUGUUUGUUUAAUGGAAGCUUAGCGCCUUGGCAGCUUAAAAACUUCUCUUAAAAAAUAACCACGAAAACAACGCAUUCAGCUAACAUAAAUCCGAAUUCAAUAACAUUUACGAAACAGUAUUUUUGAAUGAACUAAGUAUGUAUGAAUAAAUAUUAAUAAUAAAUUGGAUGAGAAUAACAACAAGCAUCGUAUACAAGUAAUAACAUUUAACAAGAAACUCUAACAAAAAGGUUGAACGAGCAUUUAAUUUUUACAAAACAAAACAGAACAGAGACAAAGCAAAACCACAUCACAGGACAAUUUCUAUAUAAAUAUACAUACUAUACUUAUAACUAUAUAUAACUAAUACGCUGAUGACAUAUUUUUGCAUACUCCCUCCGGGUCCCUCUUAGAACUGCUGUACAUACCCCACACACACAUCAUGUCCUUCUAGAAGUAAUCUCUAACCACAGCCCAGUGCUAACCGUGUGCUAUGUGUGUUUCAAUGUGACCAACUCUCUUUCUCUAUCUAUAUACUAUAUGACAACCUAUCUGAAUCUGAAUCUGAAUCUAAAUCGAAAUUGAAUUAUUGGAUGACUUUUUGAGCAAUAUAUACUUGCCUAAACAAACAGUUUCUCUACGCCUCUUAUACAUGCAUAUAUAUAUACAGGGGCAUAUGUGGUCAGAUCGGAGGAUCAGGUAAAGCUAUAUGCCCACACACACCACACACGGAUACAUACAAAAUACAUGAAUUUAUUGACGAAUCGAUGUGCUUAGUUUUUGUAUGAAACAAAGUCUGAUAUACACACUAAUAUACAAUACAGUACAGUAUAAUAUUUAUAACCAUUUAAACAUAAUUAUACAAGACGAUGGAAAAACAAGAAAAACUAAACAAAAAACAGACAAAAAAAAGAAUGAAA